CAGCACUCCGUCUGGACUGUCGCUCUGAGUGGACACACCGGGAAUGGGCUCUUCGGAGAGAGUGAAGAAAAACUUCCAGUUUUUCCGCGUCUAUGCCCUUCAGAGGCUGCUGUUUAUUUUGCGGGAAUAAGUCUGAGGGAGAGAACAGAUCAACUUCCAGAUGUAAGAGUUAGGAAAUGGGAAAAAAAAUAAAGAGUUGCUAGGAAAAGUCAACGAAUGGGAUAAAAAAAUUGAAAAUUUGGACUUUUGCUGGUUAAAAGCGGGUUUAAAAUAUCUGGAAUCAUUCCCCAAAAGUUUGGAACGAGAUUUUAACAAAUUUCUUUUACUCACUCGACACAGAAAUCCAGUCAAAACAUUCUGGAGCCAAUUGGGCAGAAGUCCGUUUAGCUGUUAGCAUCACUGAGGAAAACGGCUAGCAAACAAGACGGUUAACUAGCAAACGGCUGAAAGUCGAUUAGCCUGGAAAACGAGAAGGUUCGUAAGCAAAGAGCUGAAAAGUCGCCGAAAGUUGUUGCGGUUUGUGUAUGGAGAGUUGUUCAGACGGUCGGAGCGGUCAUGGCAAAGUGGUUUAAAGAUUUCCCCACCAGUCUAAAGACGGGUUCCGACCGAAUCCGGUCGGCUUCCGAAUCUGGACCCCAAACUCGACCCAAACCUGGGCUGACCGUGAGCGCGGGUGCUAAAGGGAGCCUGCGGAAAAAUUCUGAAAAUGGAGGUGGAGGAGGAGGUGUUGGGUCGCUGCUGUCCGGCAGAACCCGAAAAAAUUCGGCCAUCGAGCUUGGCCGGAAUCACUGGAGCUCGGGUUCCGGCUCGGUAAAGGACGGAAAAAUCUGGGAGAUCCUGAUUCCGGGCAAGAACAAGAAGAACCCAAAAAUGGAGGGCUUCGAAGACCACCGCACUCUCAGGACCACCAGCAUCGCUGACGCCUACAUGAGUCGCAUGAUCAAGGUGGACAAACAAGACAAGUGCGCCAAGUACGGCAGUGGUCCAGCAGAGGGUUCUGGGAUGGACGAGAAGGGAAAGUCACCUGUUAAAACCGAGACGCUGAUUAUACUGGAGGAUUAUGCCGACCCUUAUGAUGCAGAGAAAACGAGGGAGCAGAGAGAAGCUGAAAGAGAAGGAGAGAAUGAUGGAUACAUGGAACCUUAUGAUGCCCAACUCAUUAUCACAGAAAUUCGCCGCCGAGGAUCAAAGGACCUACUGAAGGUGUGUGUUGUGUUGAACGGAGGAGAAGGGGAGGGGUCUGGACCCCCACAGAUCUACGAUGUCCCAUACGAGGAGGUCCUGGAGGGGAUUCCCUUGACCCGACCAGAGUCAGAUCCCCGACCACCUGCUGAGUACGAACUGCCCUGGGAGUGGAAGAAGGAACAGAUCGUCAGAGCACUGUCAGCUCAGUUUGAUGGAAUGGAGCGUGCCUGUAAAGAGGAUGGCAGCACCCCAGCUGUGAAGCAGCAGACCCUGCGCUCUGUGAAGAGCUGGACCCCCAAAUCGUUGCGCCCGUCGCCCCCCUCCCCAACCUCACCCUCCCCAAACACCAGCCCUGACACAGAGAGCCCUAAAGUGGACCCCACCCUGCCCCUGGAGAAACAGAGCUGGUAUCAUGGCAGUGUGAGUCGUCAGGAGGCUGAGGCUCAGCUGCAGAACUGCAGGGAAGCUAGCUUCCUGGUGCGUGACAGCGAAUCAGCUACCAGCAAAUACUCCAUCGCCCUCAAGACAAGUCAGGGUUGCGUGCACAUCAUCGUAGCACAGACCAAAGAGUGUGGCUACACGCUGGACCAGAGCAGCUGUGUGUUCCCCAGCAUCCCGGAGGUGGUACAUCAUUACUGCACCCAGCGCCUGCCCUUCACUGGAGCCGAGCACAUGACCCUACAGCACCCUGUACCCCGCACACACUGAUCACACACAUACCCACAGCAUCAGCCCAUCAGUGGAGCCAAGCACACGGUCUACCGCACACAUGCACUGAAAACAUCCAAACACAGACACCUACCUUCACUCACAUACAUGCACAUACAUUCUUUCCACCGGAUGGAACAUACGACUGCCUGCCAAAAGUUUGAGGACACCUUUCUCUCUUGUUCAAACCGUACGUUGUAAUGGCAUUUCGGGUUCAUUUUUGUUAUAUUUCCGUUCAUUUUUUAAUGAAGUAAGACAAAAUGUUAAACUUUUUUGAUCAUACAAGUGAAAGGGGCUUUGGGUAGUUCAUUGUAGUAUAUUCCUUGGUAUGAAGAGCAGGUUUUGUCUAAAAAAUGGUAUGACAGUUUUCUUUUCCAAACCAUUGUUAAAGUAAAUACUGGAAAGGUUUAAGUGUUGAACAUGGGUGCAGACAGUUCUAUUCCGUUUAAACGUCCCCCCUUCUCUACCUCUGUUUCAUUCACCAAAUGUGAAAAGACACUAUCACCUGUGCUUUGGGCUUAUGCUAUGCAUUUCACAAAUGGCCCCCAAAAAUUUUAUUAAACCCUAAUGACUGUAGCCUUUUAUACCAGCCCUGUGAGUCUAUUUUUUCAGCAGCAUUCUUUUAAUGCAGAAAUGCUUCACCUUGCACCAUUUCCGAUGUUGGUAAAAGUUGAAUUUGAAGCUAAUCAUAUACAGACAAUCAAAAUGUGGAAUCAGAAAUGCUAACAUAUACUAUGUAUCCAAACCUUUGUAGAGACCUGCUUAUCCAGUGUUUCUUCUAAAAUUGAGUAUUAAUAGGGAGGUUUGUUCCUCCUUUGCAGCAAUAACAGCUUCUAGUCGUCUGGGAAGGCUUUAAACUUGAUGUUGGAACACUGCUAUGAGGAUUUGAUGGCAGCCACAGGAGCAUUAGUGAGGCAGUUGUUGGAUGAUGUUGGAUGAUUAGCUGUGUGCCAGUGACUGUGGAGCACUCAUCUCAAACUGGAUGACACUUCAUCAGUCCAGAGAAUGCAGUUCCACUGCUCCACAGUCUAAUAUCCCUCUGGCCUAGGAACAGUGCUUUUCUAUAGUGAUGGUACAAGCUAUGUGCACUUGAAUGCCUUGGUAAGUAAUGGGUGCAGCUUAAAGUAAUACACUUACAAAGGGUGUCUACCAACUUUUGGAAAUAUAGUGUAAGUGGGUUCCAUAAGACAAUAGAAUUACUUUCUUCCAGUACCAAUUUGUGGAUGAUACCCAACUCUACCCUUCUUUUUCUUUUUCUUUUUUUAAUUUAAUAACCAGUCAACUUCCAGCUUUAAUAGAGGGCACCAUGGUCACCAAAUGUCUAUGAGAGCUGAUGCCACAUCUCAGACAUACCACUGGCGUACAGCAAAUUUAACAAAAUAUGAUUUUAUAUCAUUUCUGUAUUAAAAUCUUUGUUUACCAGAAAAUACUACUUAUGCAAUGAGGAAACCAGUCUGCUCACAUGAAGUAAUUAGGGCUGAACGAUUUGGUAAAAAUGUCUGAUUGUGGUUUUUCUGUUUAAUAUUUUGACUGCGCUUUAACCCCUAAAAUAACCAGGACCCAGUGGUGGGCCCAAAGUUUUAUUACACACGUCUAUAACCUAAGAAUAGCUCAGUCAGUUUGCAUUGAGGUCCCUGUAAUACUGAAUAAAAAACCUUAGUAUGCAAUAAGCCUGGAAUUUUAAGGGGAUCAAUUGUGAUUAUUUUCUAAAAAUGAGGUUCAGACCUGUUUUACCAGGAAUAUUAGAAUAUCUACUUUUUCUGGCUUGACCCCUUAAUGUAGUGUGCCAGAAAGUCAGUAAGUUGUGGUUGUGAUGUCACAACACAUGGAGGUUUGGUUGCCUCUGAGUGGUCUAGCUAUUAUUUAGUUAUUAGACUAAAUUUCCUCUCAAAAUUUUUGAUAACAUAGGCUAUAUUUUUCAAAACUUGCAGCUCUUGCGAUUUUAAAAUUGCACUCUCUUAAACUGCGAUUUUGAUUAACGAUUUAAAUGAUUAAUCUUUCAGCCUUACAAGUAAUAAAACUAUUGUGAUUAAAGAGAUCAAAUGAUAUGUAGUUUUGCAAGUAUGCUACUUUAAUGAUGUUAAGGUGGGGCUUUUGUCAAUUGUUCCUUCCCUUUUUCAAACAAGAAAUGCUACAAAUAUCUACAUAAUAUCUUAAUUUUAUUGUGAACAAUAUUAAAGAAAACAUGCUCAUAUUAAAUACUGGGGGGGACAAGUCCCCAAACUUUUGACGGGCAGUGUGCUUAUACUUACUACUCAGCUUAGAAUUCCCCCUCUUAUCAUUCUCAUGCCCCUUAUAAACCAAAGCCAUUAGAGAAAAUAUUAACGUCUUGCAGUCCAAAAGGGUGAAAAGUAUACUUCACAAGUGCUGUUGUAGUUUUUAUAGUGUGUAAUUUGUUUUUUGAAAAUGUCUUUCACUCCCUUCUCAUCUCCACCUCCUGGUGACUUCUGAUAUCAUGUGAAUGUGCCUGGGUGAGCUGGCUAGCAAUCACUUUCAACCUGAUAAUGCUAUGAGCCUGAAGGUGGGGGAUGAGUUGCUCUUAGGCCCCCCCUGCUGGUUGCAGAAGCGCAAUGCAUCAAGGAUGAAACUGCUCUCUUCUGAGAUGCCUGUGCAGACACAAAGACCCUGCAUUUCUAGACCUGCAGUUUUAGCUCAUUCUGUUGCUUUAGAAUUGUGCCCACUUAUGUAAUAUGUUGACUCAGAUUUUUGUUAUGUUAUGUGUUAUGUUGGGUUCCGUAUCGCAGCACUGUGCCCUCAGCAUCAUCGGUUUAACAUCAUUUGUGAUUUUUGUGUUUUGUUAAUCAUUUUUUAAUGAUAUACCCAAUAAAUUCCCAGUAGGCAUUAUGGAAAAAUACACCAUACAACCACUGAGAAUCCCUGUGGUGUCACCCAGUCGUAACUGCUAGCCCCAGAUCAAUAGAAUAAUCCAAUCAAACUAACAUUUGUGUCAUUUUGAACUCCGUCGUCAAACAAAAUUGUAAAGAAAACAGCGACUCUAUCUUUAUUCAGCAUUAAACAGACACCAGAGACAGGUUCUUCACCUUCACCAAAAAAAGGCCAAACUUGCUAACCUUAGCUUUUAGCUUAUCCUCCUCGCCUCAUUUCUGUUAUUUGAGUGCUCCAUUCUCUCCACUGUAAUGAUGAAUAGGUUGUUGUAGCUAUAUGCCUGCCAUAAGUAAUGCUAGCUAGCCUUAGCUAACCUUCUGCAUACACCAGCGAAAAAAAUAAAAGAAUUAAAACAGUCUGGCCCCAAAAAUCAAUCCCCAAGCAGUUGUAGUUUCUUAAAAGUUCCUCCUGCCUUCAAGAUACAUCAUCGCAAGAGUUUUCUUAAUCUUUAAACCCUAAAAUCUCACAGUAGAGACUACUGCGGCACUGCUGUAGGGUGGAAGUAGGUAUGUUUACAACAGAAACAGUAGAGAUGGUUGCAAUUUUCAUUUUCCCAGUGUCCUUUUAAUAGCAUGUGGUCAGUUGGAAGGAAAAAAAAUUAAAAAUUAGCUGUUGUCUCUGAUUUUUCUUAUGAGUAAAAGCUCAAUAUAACUUAAGUGCCUUUCAUAAUGAACAUUUUUUUAAUACAAAUCUUACUUAGGUUGCUACCCACCGUAACAUAAUUGUACAUGCUCGUUUGCAUUUGGUUAACAUUUAGUUAGUCAAACUCUGGUUAUGCUAGUUGGCAUAAGCCUAAAAGUUCAAGGACCUCUAACCUAAAACCACUGCCUGGAAGCUGCAUGAUGAGAUGUCAGGUUUAGAAUUGCUGCUGGUUCUCUGGGUCUGCUGAUGCAUGAUGGUGGUUUCUUCCUUCAGGUUAAGACUCUAUGGCUAUAUUCUCAUUACAAGCCUUAUUUCACUCGAUGUUUAUUGCUUGGAUCCAGUCUUUCUGCCUUGAUGGUUUGCAUCCAGAUCCAUAUCUGUCAUUGGCAUCAGGUCUAGGACCACAUAUGAAAUAUAUGUGGCUCUGAAAAGAUCAGAUCUGUGUCAUAUUUGGGCAAAAAAAACAAAACAGAUAUGCGUGCAGCCCUGUAAUGUGAACAUAGCCUAAGAACUGCUGCCAACUGUGUCCCAUCUAUCAGUUUUGUUAUAAGGCAUUUGGAUGUAGCUACCUGUGAUAAUGACUGUGCCAAGAGCUGCAGGCCAUUGGUCUAAUAGACCCUAAUGGAGCGUUCGGAUGGUUCUUGUAAACUCUUGAACUUUUUAAAUUCCCAAACUGAAGCUGCUGUUCAACUUACAUUUACGGCAUUUACACAGGUAGGCCAAGGUAGUGUUAAGAGUCUUGCCCAAGGACUCUUAUUGGUAUAGUGUAGGGUGAUGCCCUGGUGGGGGAUUGAACCCCAGUCUACAGCGUAGAAGGCGGAGGUGUUAACCACUACACUAUCCAACCACUAUCUGGCUGAAAAAAGUCACACCUUAGACAAGUGAGGCCUAAACACAAACUGUAAGCAUGGUCAAGUUAUGUUUCAACCUACUUUACGUAUCACCAGCACUGGACCAAAGCUGAAAAACCAAGUUAAAAGUAAAUGUAUCUGUAUUUCUGGAAGUAACCACAAGCGGUAGUGUUCUCCCUGGAUUCCCUUGUCUUGCAGUGGAUGAUGUUUAUGGUUAAUCUUAUUAGAUGUAUGUAUUGUUUGUGUUAAAUUGUCCAGUGGCAGCUACCCAGUUAGCUCUGUCAUUGGGGGAUCACCUGGCGAUACCACAGCCACCUGUGCCAAGGACUCAGGUUGGUAGCAUCGUGUGAUAAGAGGAGACUUAGCUAGCAGGUGGAUUUAGCCAUGACUAAAUAAGAUAAAACCCCAAAAUAACAAGAGCUUGCAACUGAUUUGGCUAUAUAACGAUUUUCCCUUGAGUUUACAAGGUAGCCUGAACUAUUUGUAGGCAAAUCAAGCCGUGCUGUGGACCGACAUGCCUUUUUGGUUAAUUUGCCAUUGAUUGGUUAAUUUGGUGGUGGGUUGGGGGGUGUAAAUGGGCACACACUCAUGCAUGGUUAAUUGGUAGAGUACCUGUGACACUGGCCAGUAGCCUAAUCCACAUGAGUGGCCUUUGCUUUGAGCAAGAUUUAAUACAAAAAUUGCAUUUUAUACAAUAUUCUCUGUUUAUAUUUGUAAGCAGUGAUUUUUAUUUUGUUUUGUGAAAAUUAGAAAGGGUAGUGUUCACUAAUGGAGAUAUUUUGUUUCUGUACAAUAUAAGACCAUGCAAAGCCUGAAAAUAAAGCAAUUGUGAUUGUA